AUGCUAAUACCAUACAGCACCCUGACGCAUCACGACCAUGUGGUCUGCGUUGUUGGUGUCGGCUAUGUCGGCGAGCACCUUCUCAGGUCCUUUGGUACUUGCUACCAGUCCAUUGGCUUCGACAUCUCUGUUCAGCGUCUUGCACAACUGCAGCCCAUCUUUGGUCACAUGCCCAAUGUCACCCUCACCAACGAUGAGUCCCUCUUGGACAGAGCUACUGCCUACCUCAUCUCGGUUCCCACUCUUCUCAAGGCUGACAACACCGUCGACCUGAGCCAUUUAAUCAGCGCCCUGGCCAUGGUAUUGAAGCACGUUCAGCCUGGUAACACUAUUGUCAUUGAGAGCAGUGUUCAGGUUGGCACCACCCGCCAGAUCCUUGGUCCUUACCAGAACAUUCUUCAUUGUGGCAUGUCACCUGAACGUGUUGACCCUGGUCGCACCUUCCCUACUGCCCAGCAGAUCCCCAAGAUCAUCUCCGCACUCACCCCUGCAUCGAACUCAGUCAUCCACAAGUUGUACGCUCGUGUCUUUGAGCAGGUAGUCCCUGUCAGCAAGCCCGAGGUUGCUGAGAUGACCAAGCUGUUCGAGAACUGCUACCGCAUGGUCAACAUUGCCUACGUCAAUGAGAUGUCCGAUGCAGCACGCGCUCACGGCAUCGAUCCCAACGAGAUGAUCGAUGCCGCUGCAACAAAGCCCUACGGCUACCAGGCUUUCCGUCCCGGUCUUGGUGUUGGAGGUCACUGCAUUCCUGUCAACCCUUUCUACCUCUUCUCGAACAACCCCAACCUGCCCGUCCUCAAGCGUGCCACAAAGCUCAUGCGCAACCGUCCUGCUGCUUUGGCAAAGAAGCUUCACCGUCGCUGCGCAGCCCGUGCUACCUGCCCUACUGGCCCUCGUAUCCUUGUCGUUGGUAUUGGCUUCAAGCCUGGCCAGAGUGUUCUUAGCUACUCUCCUGGUCUUGCUUUCGCAACCGAGUUGCAACGUCUGGGUUGCUCGCGUCUCGUUUUCCACGACCCUCUUGUCGAGCAAGCUCAGGUUCCAUGGCUUGAGAAGCUCGACCAUGCUGGCUUCCACCCCAGCCGCUUGGACCUCGAAUUCGAUGCCGUGGCCGUUUGCACAAGACAGCAUGGCGUUGACUUCAGCGUACUUGACAAGCUACGACACUGCAGAGUCAAGACCUUUGACGCUGCAUAG